CCCCAUUCCCUUUCUUUUCCUUUGUCCAUCCACUCACUAAUUACUUUUCCAUAUUGUCAAUUGGCUCUACAACUUGUCAUUCUUUCUGUUUCUUUAUCCAUCGUCGAUAUCGUUUUCCUUUUGUUUUCGCUCGAGUCGCUAGCUGUCUUUGUCGCGUUGUACUUUUGUCGUGUGUUGAGUUUGGAUCCUCUUUUUCAUUCUCUCCUCCUCUUUGGUGUCUUCUUUGUGUCACCAAUUUUUUUUUCGCGAUUGCUCUCGAUUCAUUGUUCAUUCUUUAUUCCCCGACGACGUUUGGAAUUUGUAUUCUCCUUCUCCAAAAGUUCCUGGGCAUUGCUUCUCAGGUUUGUCUUUUUGGUGUACCGUGUCCAACUGAUUGUGUGUGAAAUCAAUUAGUGUUUUGUUUGUAUACAUAGUUUCGCGUUUUGAAACUCGUUUUCAAUCUUGUCGCUGUUUCGUUCUGUGUAUUCUUUCCUGACGAAAGAAGGUUUGUGUCUUUCUUGUCUUUUUUUCAAUCGUUCUUGUUUUCUUGGGUAAUUCCAUUUUCCUACUUGUUGGUCGCUUGAAUUUUGUUCUUCUGUUAUCAACAACCAAUUCACCUCUAUUUUAAAUUUUUCUUUUUUGAAUCGUGGUUUUGAGAUUUCUUUUUCUUUUUUUUUUUUUGCCAUUGAUUCCAAUAAUACUCUUUGGUGUUUUCUCUAGUUAUCCCCCUCUUGGUACUUUGUAUUUUCCUAUUACAAUUUAUAUCUUGUUUUCCUUUUUUUUUUUUUCUUUGCUUGAGAUUCACGUUUGGUUCAUGUUGAUUGGAUUUUCGAAACUCACAUCCAAACAUUCCCCCCUUUUUUUUUAAAUACGGUUCCUUUUGAUCUCUUUUGUUUCUUAUUUUCUUAGAUUCUUGUCGGUUUUCUCGCGCUUUCACACUCAUUCUUUUCCCCUCUUUUUUUUUUCCCCCCAAAAUCUAUUUCUAUUUCUAUUUCUAUCUAUUUUUUUUAAAUCUAUCUAUCUAUCUACUUCUCUCUCUCUCUCUUUCUCUUCCUCUUCCUCUCUCUGUGUUCUAAUUGAGUGGAGUCAAUUUUUCUACUGUACACCUUCUCGUGUGCGCGUAUACCAUUUUGAUCUUUUGAGAUUUUGAAUUUUUUUUUGUGGAGAUUCUCUACAAGAUAGCUAUUUUGUUGUUGCUUCUUUUAUUGCGCAACUGGUUUUAGAUCCUUCGUUUUCUUUUUCUUUUUCUUUUUUAUAUUUCAAUCGCAUAGACGAGUGUUUUUACUCUCUCUAUCUUUAACCUCUCUCCUUCGCUUUAUAUAUAUAUAUAUAUAUAUAUAAAGUGUUCUUUCCCCUUCGCUUUUUUCUUGAGCUUAAUUUCUUUUUUCCUUUUCCCAUUGGUACACUAUGAGUUCUCCCCCGCCUAGCAACUCAAAAUCCAGUUCGGUUAAGCGACCUUUGAAUAGCUUUAUGCUGUACCGGCGCGAUCGCCAACUGGAAAUUCCCACUACGAACCAUCAAAGUAUUUCUCGGAUUAUUGGUGAAUUGUGGAGAAAUGAAAGUGCCCAAGUCAAACGUUACUACGCUGAAUUGUCCGCCUUGGAACGUCAAAAACACAUGCUUCAAAACCCCGAGUACAAGUAUACGCCGAAAAAACGUGCAUGCCGGAGAUCCAAACGCAAGGCUAGUACAACAACAACACGUUCCCGUCCUCAAACGGAUUUUGCUAUCCUUCAGCAAAUUUCCACCUACUCGGCUUCCACCGAACAAACCGCUUCUGUCUUGUCUCGUGUAAAUGAAGAACGUCUUGCCGCCGGUACUUCCGAUACCAAAAUCCCCGUCGAUUUGGCUCAGCAAGUUUACAAGCUAGCAGAUUACAAUAUGGAUCCCCAUGCAGUAGACGAAUCGGAUAAUGGGUCGACCUCUACUCUUUCCUCACCUAUGGUUCGAAAUUUAUCUUUACCUUCUUCUUUGCCCGCCGCUUCUUCCAACAUUGUUCAGAAUUCUACUGAACCUUUGCAAGAUACCCUUACGUUCCAUCGGCACCCAUUCCCUUUGGCACGGACAAAGUCCUUAUUUCAGCCUCCUACCGAGACAUGGUUUCCCAAUGUUGCUCCCCCUUUGAAACGAUCUCUUUCCAUUAAUGACUCACGGGAUGCUUCUGUUUUGCUCUCGAAUUCAUCCGAUUCCAUCCCAGAUGUCGAUGAUGCUUCUGGAGAGUAUUCAACGUCCGCUGAUUCGUAUCCCAUGCAUCAUCAUCAGCCAGGAUCGCGAUCCUCCGUAAGCAUCGAUCCCAAUUCUAUGAAAAAUUCCGCUUCCAACAACUUGGUGGAAUCUUUACAAGCAGCGAGGAGAGCUUCCGUGGCAGAUGAAGUUGAUUCUAGUCCCAAGACACCACCUCCCACAAACUUACAUGAGCCAAGAAUUGAAUUUGGUAGCUUUGAGACUCCCUCUAGUAUUCGAAACUUCGGUAUCUCUUCGGUCGGUACGGAUAAUGAAGAUCCUUAUGUAACUCCAUACUAUACCCCAAGACCCAAUCCAAGUCGCAUGAAUAGUGCUGCAUCUGGUUAUUUUUCAUCUCCAACCUCUAGAUACUCUGUUCUUGAUGCAUUUCAAACACCCCAAUAUGAUGACGUUGUGAGAGAAAAGACUUAUUUAGACGUUGAACCUUUGAUGGGAGACUUGUUUUCAACGAAUACUUUAGACAAUACAGAGCUCAAUGACUUAUUUACACAAAUCCCCAAUCAUGAUGCUCUUCAUGAAACAAGAGAGGAGUAUUCAAAUUUGACUCCGUCUUUACUGGAACCUUGGUUGCCCAAUGGAAACUAACAAAAACAUUUGUUUUGCGCAUAUGACUGAUUAUUAAUGAACGAUCCUAAUUAUUUGAUUUUUAUAUAGUAUAAUUCUGAUUUGGAAAAAAAAAUGCGCAUGUAUGAUUCCAAAGUCGAUUUCAUGAUUCUAUUGUUCUAAUGAUGAGUAACUUUUAUACUCACAUUACUAAACUUUAAAAUAGGGGAAAUGUUAUUGUUGAAUCUUUUCUUUUUCUCUAAUUUCUUUGGACUGAACUGACCUUUUGUGGCCUUCUGCUUUUCGUUUGUUGUGAACCUAAGUUGACGCCAACUUCAGAUUCUCUUUUAAUCCUUUUUUUCUCUGUGUUAUUUUUUCUUUUAUUAACAUAAUCUUAAUUUGUGUAAUCGAUGUCUCUGUGGUUGUCCAUCCUAUACUGAUGAAGAAAAAAUCGCUGAAAAGGCAAAGACCUAUAUGCGAUGCGUUGGACGAAACUUUAGUGACUAUUAUUAAUUCCUAAUAAUAUGCAUAUAGCAUGUACAAUAUAUCAAAUCUUUUACGAAUGAAUGGAAUGAUUUAACUACGCAAAUAAAGCUUUCGUAAUAAGAACUAGUAAAUAAAUAAUAAUAGGAAUGAAUAGAUGGAGUAUAUAAACAGGAAAUCAAAAAAAUUAAAAAAAAAACCAACAUUACUCUGU